AUGCCCCAGCAGACCAAGCUUCCCUUGAUCAAGGCAGAAAUUGCAGUCCUCCAGGCCCACCUAGAGGACUGGAGGUCUGUCAAAGGUAAAGAUCGGCACCAGGUUUUGAAGGCUGUACACAAGGAAGCUUGCCUUCAAGCUCCCACUCGGGACAAAGCCUUAUUGAAAGCUCGAAAAAAGACUUACAAGGAGUGGUUGUACAACCAAUGUUGUAGGAAAGCCCCCAAGCCUCUCAUCAAAUAUGGCAAGAAAUGGACAGCUCACCGUGUGUUAAUUGAGCAGAACAAGGCUCGUAUUCAGGAGGAGACUGGAGAGAUGCCUGGGAGUGAGGCUAUGAUUGUCAAGUGGCCAGAGGCCACCAAGACUGUCCUCGCCGGUCUUUCAGCUGAAGAGAAGGAAGAGGCAAAUGUUCUUGCAGAUAAGUGGAACAAUAAAGCUGCUCUGGCUGAAGUCCAGGCCAAUGUUGCUGAAACAAAAGGUGCUGAUAUCAUACAGCAUUUCACCACUGAAAUAUUCAAACAGGCCGGGAUGAGGGUCUUUGUGAUGUCGGCAUGGUGGGACAGCAGAGGCAAAUUGAUACAUGACCACAAUGAUCAAUUUGGGGGAGCGGAAAGCUUCAUAAAGACAAGGAAUUGGGAUGAGAUAUUCAUGCUGGAAUGGAGGCAAUAUGCUGCAGAACAAUUCGAUGUCCAGGAUGAUGAUGUUCCACAGCUCCUUGACCUAGAGGAAGAUGAUGAUGGGUUGCCUAUGCUCCCAGAUACCAUGGGUUUGAAACGAGGCGAACAGCAGCAUAUCAUUCGGUUGUUCUUGACCAGGCACUACAGGAUGUGCAUGGGAACCAACAAAGUCAAGGCGGCGCUGCCUUGGGGUGAAUUGAUUAAGAAUCAAUCAAAUUUCUUCAAUGGCACUUACUGGCCAGCGGACUUACAGGUGGUGGAACCAUCUAAGAUAGACAAAUCUAGUGCUACUGCUCUGUUGGAUUUCUGGUAUGAUUGGCAGAAAAAGAAGCUCCGUCCCACCUUCUGUUUCAAAGCUUGGAGAGACACUGAUGGUAAUAUGGAGCUGGUGGCGAAGUCUUAUCAAAAAGUCAUCCGCCAGGUGAGCCGCCGCCACAACAAGGCCAAUGAUGUCCCCAGUGAGGAAAGCUUGGAUGAAAGGGAGGACCAUCAGUCAGUCUUUAAUAAUGGAGAGGAAGCAUCAAUGUCCAACAAUGCCAGGGAACAAACACCGCCGGGAUCGAUAAUACAUUCCUCCACCAACUCAGCAGGGGCAAGGCAUACAAAGGCCCUUGUUACUGUGGAUAAGCUGCCUGCUUUAAGGGCUGCAAAGGCCACAAAGGCCGGAAAGGAAUGUCUAUCAUUUGUGCCUACCACACGUUCAGGAAAGCGGCACGCCGCCACGCCGAUCAGUGACACACCGGCCGAGAGAACCCAGAGCAAGGUGGCUAUAGUUGAAGCUCCAAAGCCAAGAAGGGGCAGGAAAUGA